UCAAAGCGAUAAACUGAUAAAAGAAGAAAUCUUGCUGUUGAUACAAACUCGUGGAUAUUUUCACACUUUACGCGCCAUGUUUGUUAUUGAGAUAUAUUUAUUUUUACUUUGCAAUAAUUAGGGAUGCGUAAAAUAGUUAGCGUAAUUAUUAGAAUCAAUUUUUUACAACUUUUCAAGCCAUGAGUUCGGAGAAAGAUAGCCAGUGCCAAGCUAGUGAUGCUAGCAGUGGGGUCUACACAGCAGCAACUGGAGUAGCAGGAUCAUCCCCACUUGCUGAUAAUUGGGACGCGGCCAGUGUUUCAAAAUCUUCUCAAUCAAGUGGUAAGCGAUUGACAUUUGAAAGUCCUCAAGCAUCAUCAAGCCCAAGACCUUCUUCUGCAAAAGACCGUCAGCUAGCCCAUUUGCUGAACCACACUCCUAACGAUGUGCGAAAUUUCUCCUGGAAGUUCCAGCGUCAAAUAGCGGAACUUUUGAACCCUCGAAAGGAGCCAACAGGAGAAGACUGGCGCAUGGUUGCAUCGAACUUAGGUAUCAAGGCUGCUACUAUUCGAACACUUGAAUCAAAAGAAAAUCCCACAAUGGAACUGUUAAAUUUAUGCCAUACUACAACGACAGUGGACUUUUUUCGUGCGAUCGAUGAGAGCGGAAGGUUCGAUGUGAUCUCGGACCUCUUGGAGAAGUUGAGCCUAGAGCCACCCAGCAACAAAUUGCCAACACAGGAAUCGCUUGACGACAGUACAAGUACGAGUGUAAGCGGGAUCUCUCUCCCACCAGACGAAUCUUUUGGUGCUUCAUCCGGUAGAUCCCGUUUGUCAAAAACGCCUUCUGAGCAUAUAGAGGAUGAAAGUGAUGAUGAAAUUAUGAAUGUCAUUGAGAGGCACCUCACACAGGAAUCCCGAGAGUUCUGGCGUAGCAUACCGGGGGUCCAGCAUCAACACAAGAUAUGGAAGGAUUUUCAUGAAGCAAUGAGAAGAGCCUGCCCUGAUGAAAUUCAGCGAGGCUGUGUCAUCAAAUUCCUGUGCAAUGUUUUCAAGAUCUGCUUCGAGGAGCGUGAUACCAAAGACGUCAGCCUGUUGUCGUUUUGUCGGCUGGUUGCCUGGUUUGGUCCGAUGGUUCCUGGAAAAGGAGGCGCACUGCACAAGAUUCACGAGCUCAUGACAAAGUCGCUAUCCAAAAGUAACAUCGGCAAACAAAGUUGGUUUGCUGGCCACAUGGAUGAGACUGAAAGUGAGCGGCUCCUACGGGACCUCUCUCCAGGCCAUUUUCUCAUAAGGUUUAGCACGUCCAGGGCAGACGACGGUUUCUUUGUCUUGGCUGUCAAAACACGUGACAAUGGCGUGGUUCAGGUUCAAAUUGAGAGUUCACCAAGAGAAGGCCUGUUGAUUCUUGGCGGCGAAGUCUUCCAAAGUCUCGUGGAAAUUGUCGAAAAACUUCGAAACGAAACACUCCUAGAGGAUUGCAGACAGCUUCUCAUCAAUCCCUGUCCAAACCUUCCCUUGAACGCCAUAUUUAGUGGUUAUGGGCGUGCAGGACCAAUAAGAGGAAGACCGAGGGGGAGGGGGAGGGGGCGGGACUCCCUACCUGCUUCAUAGCCCUCUUACAACACAGGCCAUUCGUCAGCUGUAUCGUAGAAAGCAAGUCUCUCCUAACUGAUGUAAUCAAGACAAAGGAGGAGUUAGUCUUCAACCAAAGCUACAGGAAGCCAUUCAUUAGCUGCGUUGCAGAAAGCAAGUCUCCCCUAACUGAUAAAAUCAGUACACACGUAGUCUCCCGUCAACAGAAGCUAGAGCAUAGUGCCGUAGGGCCCCCUCCCCAGUUAUACGGACCAUACUGAACAACCGUACGGAAAUGAGCAGUAGGGGAGUGACUGUGCCCCCCCCCUGCCCCCAAGGUUUCUAAUGACUGUAUCUUUACCUAAGUUUAGAAGCCUUUUCUUGCUGAUGAAAUCAUUACUCACGAGGAAUAAGUUCACAAAUUGUGCUAGUUAUAUUCAUUACUUACGAGGAAUAAGUUCACAAAUUGUGCUAGUUAUAAUCAUUACUCUCGAGGAAUAAGUUCACAAAUUGUGCUAGUUAUAAUCAUUACACACGAGGAACAAGUUCACAAAUAGAGCAAGUUAUAUCAAGCACCGAAAUAGAGUAACCGGUUAAACUGGAUAGAGUACAA